GUUCAGCAUAAUGCCGAUAAAUCUACUACACUGAAACUAGCAGAUUUUGGCCUUGCGAAGCAGGUUACGAAGCCCAUAUUUACUGUCUGUGGAACACCAACGUAUGUUGCCCCUGAAAUACUUGCUGAGAAGGGCUACGGGCUCGAAGUGGAUAUGUGGGCAGCUGGUGUGAUCCUUUACAUUCUGCUCUGCGGUUUCCCCCCUUUUCGCAGUCAGGAACGUGAUCAGGAAGAGCUAUUCCAGAUCAUACAGCUGGGCCACUACGAGUUCCUCUCCCCAUACUGGGACAAUAUUUCUGCGGCAGCAAAAGACCUCAUAACCAGGCUGUUGAUAGUGGAUCCCCAGAAGCGCUACACAGCACGACAAGUACUUCAGCACCCUUGGAUCAGAACAGCUGGAAAAACUAACAGCAGAAACUUGCAGAGGGAAGUGACAAUAAAUAUUGAGCGUCAUUUCCGGGCCCAGCGCCGAAAGGAAGUUGCAGAUGAGGACACAUGAGAUCUCUUCGAGCUCUUUUAGUCUUCUUUUUAUUGAUUAACAAAUUAUGUAUGUUUUCUUUUCUAAAUGAAUUGGGCCUUUAGUGUAUAGCUGUUGCUGGCCAUUACCAUGCCUUUUUUUUUUUUUUUUGAUUCUGAGAUUCUAAAGAAGAACAGAGAUCAAAUUCCCAUACACUUCCC